ACUCACUCAGAAAAGGCCAACCUCUGUCCACUCUCCAUGGCCAGCAUCUCUCUCUCUCUCUCUCUCUCUCUCUCUCAUGUGAUUGUCUCUGUUCACACUGCACAAACACGACACUUCCCAAAGUAAAUCCGAAGAUCCCCAAAUUCAAUUCUCUCUCUCUCUCUCUCUCUCUCUCUCAGUUCAUAGUUGAAACUGUCGGUAACUGAAGGGAAAGCUGAAGGACCGAAAAAGGGAGAGACUUUGCAGAGAGAGAUUGUAAUCCAAUGCCCUCCGGCCGGCCACUUUUUUUGCUCUUCUAUAGCUCUCUCUGCUUGUUUGCUGUUGUUGCUUUAGCUGAAGACCCAUUUGUGUUCUAUGAUUGGACUGUCUCCUACACCACUGCCUCUCCACUUGGUGUUAAGCAACAGGUGAUUGGAAUUGACGGACAAUUCCCUGGACCCAUUCUCAGUGCCACCACAAACUGGAAUGUUGUUGUAAAUGUCAAGAAUAAUCUCGAUGAGCCAUUCCUUAUCACAUGGAAUGGCAUACAGCAUAGGAAAAAUGCGUGGCAGGAUGGUGUCUUAGGGACUAAUUGUCCUAUCCCUUCUGGUUGGAAUUGGACAUAUCAAUUUCAGGUUAAAGAUCAGAUAGGGAGUUUCUUUUAUUUUCCCUCACUAAACUUCCAAAGAGCUGCGGGUGGGUAUGGAGGAAUCAUCGUAAACAACAGAGACGUCAUAGCAGUACCCUUUGGAACUCCAGAUGGAGAUAUCACACUCCUUAUUAGUGACUGGUACAUAAAGAGUCAUAAGGAAUUAAGGAAAGAUGUUGAAAAAGGAAUUGACCUUGGAGCCCCUGAUGGUAUCCUCUUUAAUGGGCUAGGUCCUUAUCGCUAUGAUGCAGCACUGGUUCGUGAUGGUAUUGCAAUGUUGAUUGUUUUAUGUAAACCAGGUAAAACAUACCGCCUCCGGGUACACAAUGUUGGCAUCUCUACAAGUUUGAAUUUCAGAAUCCAGAAUCAUAACUUGCUUCUGGUAGAGACUGAAGGGUCAUACACAGUUCAGCAGAACUAUGCAAACAUGGAUAUUCAUGUGGGUCAGUCAUACUCAUUCUUGGUCACCAUGGAUCAAAAUGCUAGCAGUGAUUAUUACAUUGUUGCAAGUUCACGGUUUGUAAAUUCAUCUGCUUGGGCUAGAGCUACAGGAGUUGCAAUCUUGCACUACUCCAAUUCUCAGGGGCCUGUUUCAGGUCCUCUUCCAGAUCCCCCUAAUGAAUACGACUCAUUUUUCUCAAUGAAUCAAGCAAGAUCCAUAAGAUGGAAUGUUUCUGCUGGUGCUGCUCGUCCAAAUCCACAGGGAUCUUUCAAAUAUGGAGAUAUUACUGUGACUGAAGUGUUUGUGAUCCACAAUAGACCUGCAGAACUUAUCGAUGGAAAAUGGCGAACUACGCUUAAUGGAAUUUCGUAUUUAGCAUCAGCAACACCUUUGAUGCUUGCUCAGCAAUUUGACAUUCCUGGGGUUUACAAGCUUGAUUUCCCAAAUACACCGAUGAACAGACCUGCAAAAGUUGACGCAUCUAUAAUUAACGGAACUUACAAAGGUUUCAUUGAAAUCAUACUCCAAAACAAUGAUACUUCUGUUCAGAGCUACCAUAUGGAUGGCUAUGCAUUUUUUGUUGUGGGCAUGGAUUACGGAGUGUGGACAGGGAACAGCAGAAGUACUUACAACAAAUGGGAUGGGGUUGCUCGCUCCACUACUCAGGUAUUUCCUGGUGCUUGGACUGCCAUUUUAGUCUACCUUGACAACGCUGGCAUUUGGAACCUCCGUGCAGAGAACCUGAACACAUGGUACCUGGGCCAAGAAGUUUACGUGAGCGUGGUGAAUCCAGAGAUCACAGAAAAAACCGAGCUUCCCUUGCCUGAUAACACCAUCUACUGUGGCGUACUCUCUGCCUUACAGAAGGACCAGGCUCAGAGAGUUAAGUUCUCUGGUGCACCGGCUGUUGCUAAAACAACUGGAACAGUUCUGGUUGCACUUUUUGUAGCUGUGAUUGGAGGUUUCACCAGGUAGUUAAUUUGCAGAAAUAUAUGGGCAUUAUAAAUCAAUAAAAUCGGCGUUAUUUGUUCCUGUGAAAGGUGACAGCAAGGGGAGUGUAUAGAUGAUGUUAGAUUGAUCAUGUAUCAUUAUGUAAUUUUAUGGUUUAUUUCAUGAUAUUGAAGUACUAAAUAGUCUGCACAAUAGGAGAUGAACAAGGUGAGUUGUUGAAUUGUACAAGAGUAAGACUGCCAAAAAAAAAAAAGGAGAGAGAAGAAGAAGAAGAAGAAAAAUCUUGUGGCAUGCCACAUUUUGGUUUUUUUGUUGUUUUGGUUUUAAGGCUAAAAAUUCAAAAACAAAUUGGACAUGUUUGGUUGGCCACAAAGCCGGCUUUUGAGCUUUUGUAAUUUUAUUUGAUACCAAAUGGGUCACUCGUAGAAUAACCAAGCUUCAAAGUUCCUGUUGA